CACUUUGUGUUGGUUACUUUCAUAUUUACCGCUUCGAUUAUAGGUCGUUUGGCCAAACCCUGGCGGGACAGCAAGUCGUAUCGCCGCUUGGAAACAGCGAGCAGGACGCCACGCAAACUUAAAAAGGAAUACAGAACCCAUCCAUCCUCACCACCCUCUCCAAAAUGGCAUCCUCCUCCUCCGACCCCGCCACCACCCCCACCGAAUUUAUCUCCCUCUUCGCGGUUCCCAAGGGCGCACUGGCGCAACAGCUGACCGACGAGAUCUCCCACUUGGCUCACCGAGAGGCCGCGCCGCCCUUCCCGCCGCACGUGACGGUGGCGGGGGCCGCCAAGAGCCGCGCGGAGGCGCUGCAGCUGGCUGAGCAGCUGGCGGGCAGGGUCAAGCCCUACCGCAUUAACUUCACGGGGGUCUCCGCCGGCACCACCUUCUAUCAGUGCGUGUACCUGCUGGUGGCGCAGGAGGAGGGCACCAUGGCAGCAGCGGCCGCCGCGAGGGAGGUGUUCGGGCUCACCGGCGCGCCGCCCUACAUGCCGCACCUCAGCCUGCUCUACUCGGACAUGGACCAGGGGGAGCGGCAGCGGGUGGUUGAGUACGAGACCUCCCGGCUGUACGGCGACUCCCCCGCCACCCGGCUGCUGGAGAGCGGGUUUGACGUGGGCAGUUUGCAGGUGUGGAGCACCCCGCUGGAUGACUCUAGCCUGAAGAGCUGGCGGCUGGUGGGGGAGGUCCGGUUGGUGGGGCAGUGAGGAGGGGUGCGCAGAAGUGAGGAGGGCAGGAGGGGCAGGAGGAGGAGGGUGUGAGGGGUAAGGAGGAGGAAACACACGGACCGUGUGCCGAGGCGGGUGAUCAUGGAUUGCAUCAUUGCGGGGGACAGGAGCAGGAGGAGUUGUGGCGGCAUGUGAACCGGGGAUGUGGGCUGUGGUAUCGGAGGGUCCUUUCUAUUGCACUAGAAGGUAUUUAUUGUCUUGCAACAUAUCGGUUGUUGAAAGUUGACUCACUUGCGAGGAGUUUAGGGAUCGGUGCCUGAUUGCAUGGCUUCUGACACGGCGACAUGAUAGGGGAUUUAUUUUUGUGAUGUUUGUGUUUGGUGGCUUUGGGAACGGACGACGGUGGUGUAACUGUUGGAGUUAAAAACGGGAUUCACUCACACAACUGGCUCUUGGCUUCACGACUUGCUAUCUGGCUAGCAAACCCGGGGGCUGGCAUGCUGCUGUUGCUGACGGUGUUGUCAAGCCCUCAACUAGGCUGUGGUGUGCACGCAUGCACUGCAUUGCAGCAUGGUCCUUUUGAUGUAGAAAUGCAGUGAUUUGGUCCAAGCUCUGGAGUUUUCAUGUGAUUAUGUGGUUGAUAGGGAAUAGGCAAGAAGCUUGCACUUUGCUAGGGCUCCUGGUCUUGCUGUUGUUGCGUAUAGGGUGGUGCUGGUGUUGGUGGUCCGGUGCAGCUGGCAUUUUUGCAUCAAGGUUGGCGCUGUUGUUGUUGCUGUGACUUGGAGCAUUACGGGAGCCAGCGGUAGGAAGGGCCCACGAGACGACAGGAAGGCCUGAGAGGAGCAAAAUCCCGAUUGUGGUUUUUGCAAGUUGUAAACAAGCCCG